AUGAUAGCUGACGUCUUGUCUGGAGAUUUCCACAGGAUGUUCUCCGGACCAGCAUCUUUGCUACUUGAAGACGCUCCUUAUCGACUCCGACCACCUCCCUCGAACUCUCAGAGGUCUAUAGACGGAGUAGAGAGCCCGCAUCCACCAGCACUGCCCACAAGCUCUCCAAUACAUCAACACUAUCUCCUAAUUCCCAAUACAUGA